AUGUCAUUCAACCGUCUCGUCCGCUUCGUCCCCGCCAGCGACUCCAAGGCCAUUCUGAUUGGCGAACCUGUCGACAGCGAACUCGAUGUUGGUCUUGCUAUCCGCAAGGGCAAAGAUGUCGAAGUCAAGGUCUUUAGCGGAAAGUCGGCACUGAGCCCUGGAUCCUUGUCAGACAAGACGGAGAAGAUUGCCAAACUGCUUUCACCAUUGUCACAAGCAGAGGUCGGCACGAUACGCUGCAUUGGCUUGAACUACAAGAAGCACGCCGAAGAAGUCAAGUUGGCCGAACCAGAAGAGCCCGUCAUCUUCCUCAAGCCAGCCACCUCCCUCGCAGACCCCUACCCUGCACCCACCGUCAUCCCCAAACACACAAAGUCCUCCGACACCGCCGACUACGAAUCAGAACUCGCCGUCAUCAUCUCAAAGCCCUGCAAGAACGUCUCCGAGUCGGAAGCUCUCGACUACGUCCUUGGUUACACGGCCGCAAACGACGUGUCCAGCCGUGCAGCUCAAUUCGCUCAAAGCCAAUGGUGCUAUAGCAAAGGCUUCGAUGGCGCUUGCCCAAUCGGCCCCGUGUUGGCGAGCUCGAAACUGAUUCCAGACCCGAGCAAGCUGCACAUGAAGGGCAGCAAGAACGGCAACGUCAUGCAAGAUUCUGGCAUCGACGACCUCAUUUUCGAUAUUCCCAAACUCAUCAGCUUCUGUUCUCAAGGCACCACUCUGCCUGCUGGUACUGUCAUUCUCACCGGCACCCCUGCUGGUGUUGGUGUUGGCAAGGACCCCAAGGAGUUCUUGCGUGACGGCGAUGAGUUUUCUGUCGAGGUCUACCCACACAUUGGUACAUUGACCACAGUGUUCGAGGACGAGAAGUAG